UGGCUGUGAAUCAAAAGCAUAGAAGAGAGCCAUGUGGGAGACCAGCCAGAGGAAGGGCACCCUUCCUUCCAUUUCCAACCGUUCAAAGAGCACCCAAGGGAAGCAGCACCAACUUCAGAAGUGCAGAGAGGAGGAUUUGGGUUGGACAUCUUGUGAGAGUGAAGCUGUUGCAGUAAGAUCUGGGAGAGGAGGGGGAGAACUACUGAAGUUUCAAGGAGAUCUUGAUCUGCACGUCUGGAAGGAGAUAGAUCCCAAAUUUACAUGGAAGUCUUCAAGAGUUGAAGGAUUGUCACGUGAUCUUGUACAAGUGGAGGAAGAGAUGGAAGAUCGAAUUAGAAGGAUUCAAUGUUAUCUUUGCAGUUGCGUCUGAGCUUAAAACUGAUGUAUAGAUUU